AUGCGUUCUCCAGGAAAAAGGUAUGCUUCAAGGUCACCCUCUGGAUCCAGGGAUGCGAAGCGACAUGCACCGUCGUCGCCUGAGGAAGGCGAACUCGACGAUAUAGCCCCGCCAGCCCUACCUGCCUCCCUCCCCCCGAGACCGGAACCGACACAGCCAGACCGACCCAAGAUCCCCUUCCCUUUCAAGAAAAAGGAGCAGCCUCGCGAUGAGCGGAGACCACGCGAAGCUCAUCGAAUAGCCGACCACUGGGAGCCCAGCUACACCCGUUCUCGACACCGGGGCUACUCGCCUCGUUCCCCAUCCCCGAAGCACCGAUUACCUGCUUACCGCUCGCCUGUGUACACGAAUUUCAGCCCACCGCAUAAAGACUAUCACCUAGAUAGAAGACGAGACUGGGAGCGUGAUAGAGGGAGGAGGGAUGUCGAGUAUAAUCCGUGGAAGGGAGCGUCUCCGCCUCCGCCGCCACCAGACUCGCCACCGCCUGCGCCUCCUCCAGACUCCCAUACCAACCAUCGCGCCUCCUCGCCGCCACCGCUGAAACCAUCUACGACACCACGAAUCAGACACGCGCGACGGUCGAGAAAGGAGGAAGAAAAGGCAUACGGACGCACGUUCGAAGGGUGUGGCGAGCAGUCGGAUUACAAUGUCACGACUAAGCUCGGGGAGGGGACUUUCGGUGAGGUGCACAAGGCGCUGCACAAACGGACAAAUACAGCUGUUGCACUCAAACGCAUUCUCAUGCACAACGAGAAAGAGGGCAUGCCAGUGACUGCGCUACGCGAAAUCAAGAUCCUCAAAGCAUUGAACCACCCGUGUAUCAUUAAUCUUCUUGAUAUGUUUGUUGUACGAAGUAAUGGCAAGGAGCCUCUAUCGGUAUAUAUGGUGUUCCCAUAUAUGGACCACGAUCUCGCUGGGCUAUUGGAGAACGAACGGGUGAAACUGCAGCCGAGUCAUAUCAAACUCUAUAUGAAGCAACUGCUAGAGGGCACCGAAUACAUGCACAGCAACCACAUCUUGCAUCGAGAUAUGAAAGCUGCCAACCUUCUCAUAUCCAACACAGGAUCCCUGCGCAUAGCUGAUUUUGGAUUAGCCCGCGCGUUUACCACGAGUGCCACAUUCAGAGGCAAAGAGAAGAAAUACACGAAUUGCGUCGUGACUCGGUGGUAUCGGCCGCCCGAGUUGCUACUUGGGGCUCAGCAAUACGGUGGAGAGGUCGACAUAUGGGGCAUCGGUUGUGUCCUGGCGGAGAUGUUUACCAGGAAGCCAAUAUUGCCUGGCACAUCGGACGUAGAUCAACUUGAGAAGAUCUGGCAACUGUGCGGCACGCCGAACCAGCACACAUGGCCUAACCACGAUGCCCUACCUGGAUGUGAAGGCGUGAAACGGUUCAACACCACUUAUUCUAGGCGGCUCAAGCAAACGUACGACAUCCUUCCUUCUUACGAAGCGUCACACGAAUUCGACCGCCGCGCGCAUCAUCGCCAACCACACCAUGGACCGCCUCCAGGAGGACGUCCACCUCCCUCUCACCCCCAAGACCAUCCUCCCCCUCGCGGCCCUCCCAGAAACCCCAUGCCCCCGCGCCACGACCACCGCCGAAUCAACAACUCCCACCACCCUCCCCCACCCACACACGUAGUAAACAACCCUCCCAUCCGCCUUACACCCGGCGGCCCCCCUCCUUCAUUAGCCCUAGGGCUCCCCCCACGUCCUCCACAACAUUCUGACGGCCCACCUAGACACAUGCACGCUGGAAUGAUGCACAAUAACUCCGGCGGCAGACGUCAAGGGCCUCCUCCCAACGGACCAAAUAUGCAUCGCCCACCGCCAAAUGGACUUCCCGCUCGUCCAAACGGCCCACUGGGCGGUGGCGUUUCCCUCGGCGUCCCUGGUCGCGGUAGACCACCAGGAGGCCCUCCAAAUGGCACUCGUUCAAGUCCUUUGAAUUACGGGUAG